AUGGACUCUUCACUAUGCUUCACCGAGAACAAUUCAGCCACAUAUAAUUCAUCAAAAAACCCAUGUAUAGAUUUCUUCUUUCACGUCGUCCCUGACACGCCGUCACUAGGUGUCAUCAGCCGUGUUGAGUCGGCAUGGGCUCAUGAUCCACUCACCACCCUCAAACUCAUCUUUAAUCUCCGUGGUGUUCGCGGGUCAGGUAAGACCGAUAAGGAACGUUUUUAUAUUGCUGCCCUUUGGCUUCAUUAUAACCAUCCGAAAACAUUAGCCAAUAAUGUUGAAAGUAUUGUCAAUUUUGGGUACUUUAAGGACUUGCCAGAGAUUUUGUAUAGACUUGUUACGUUUCCUGAAGUACGACAAUACGAAAAACAGGUUUGGCGGGCUAAGAAAUUGUCUAAAGGGAAAGGUGAGGCGAGAAAGAGAAAAAGUGUGUUGAGAGAGGAAAGGGUCAAGGCGAAUGUGGCAAGAAUGGAGGAAGAGAAACAAAGGGCGAGAGCUCUGAGGAGAGAAAAGGAAACUGCCAAGGUUAGAAAGGCGAAUGAUAUGUAUAAUUCUGACAUGAAUUAUAGGUAUUUGUAUGAUCAGGUGUCUUUGUUUUUUGCUGCUUGUUUGAAAUCGGAUAUCGAUAUGUUGAAUAGUGGCCAGAAGACGAAAAUAAGUUUAGCGGCUAAGUGGUGCCCUAGUGUGGAUUCGUCUUAUGAUAAGGCUUUAUUGAUGUGUGAAUCCAUCGGUAAGAUACUUUACCCUAAGGAUGGUGAUAUGGAAGGGCUUGAUGAGGUUACUUAUGUGACGAGGGUUAAGAAUCAGUUGAGGAAACAAGUGCUCGUGCCAUUACGUAGUGCUUUGAUGCUGCCCGAAGUUUAUAUGAGUGCCAAGGAAUGGAGUUCGAUUUGCUACGAGAGAGUUGCUUCUCUUGCUAUGAAAAACUAUACGGAUAUAUUUUUGCAUAGAGAUAAUAAGAGGUUUCGGGAGUAUUUGGAGAAUGUGAAGUCUGGUAAAGUGAAGAUUGCUGCAGGGGCGUUGUUGCCUCAUGAGAUUAUUGCGUCUUUGAAUCAGGGGAGUUCUGGGGCGGGUAACGUGGCUGAGCUUCAAUGGAAACGAAUGGUGAACGAUUUGUUGGAGAAGGGGAAGUUGACAGAUUGCAUUGCGGUUUGUGAUGUUUCUGGCAGUAUGAAUGGGACGCCCAUGGAAGUGGCUGUGGCGCUUGCGUUGUUGGUUUCAGAACUCAGUGCAGAGCCAUGGAAGGGUCAUGUGAUUACGUUUAGUCAGUACCCGCAGUUGCAUUUGAUUGAAGGGCGUGAUCUUAAGUCAAAGAUAGAGUUUAUUCGAAAAAUGGAUUGGGGUGGUAACACGGAUUUUCAAAGGGUUUUCGAUAGGAUGUUGGACGUGGCUUUGAAUGGGAAGCUGGGUGAAGAUGAGAUGGUGAAAAGGGUGUUUGUUUUUAGUGAUAUGGAGUUUGAUCAGGCUUCUGCCAAUCCAUGGGAGACUGAUUAUAAAGUGAUACAGAGGAAGUUUAAGAAUAUUGGGUAUGAGAAAGUUCCUGAAAUUGUGUUUUGGAAUCUUAGAGACUCGCGUUCUACUCCAGUGACUGCCGAUCAGGAGGGGGUGGCUCUGCUUAGCGGGUUCUCAAAGAAUUUAUUGACUCUGUUUCUUGAAGAAGGCGGGGUGAUCAAACCUGAAGAUCUACCUGUGAAGACUAAAUUAAGUCCAGAAAGUACCAUGGAGGCUGCUAUAUCCGGAGAUCUGUAUCAGAAACUGGUUGUAUGUGAUUGA